ACGCUCUGCUGGUGCGUUUUUCCACCAGCCUGUCAGAGCCGCGCCGAAGGCAGCGCCUCAUUCGUCUCGAUGCUGUUGCACAAGCUUGAAGCCGAGUUGAAAUGUCCCGCCUGCCAUCAGCGCUUCCAGAUACCGCUCCUGUUGCCGUGUGGCCACUCCCUUUGCUGCGCUUGUGCAGAUCGCCUCUUCCUCGCCUCUCUACACGCCGACUGCGCAGGCACCGGCUCGCCGAGGUCGUCCGCAGCCGAGGAGGCGAGAAGCGCCGCCUUUCAGACCGCCAGAGCCGGGCACUCCGUCGCCAACUGCGUCGCCAACUCGACCGCCAAACCCAAUUGCCCCACGUCGAAUAGUCUGCCGAGUCCGGGCGUCGGGAAGACGAACCAAGUGACCAGCGCACCGCACAGCACACACAGCGGCAGCGAAGAUGCCGUCAGCGAGGCCGACUCGGGCGUGGUCGUGAUGAGCUGUUGUCAUGGUGAGACGUUGGCUGUGUCACCGGUCGUGAGGUCGUCGGGCAGCGACUGCCUGCUGCCCGGUUGCCAGGCCAGUAGUGGUGUCAUCUGCAGCCUCGUCUGUCCGGUGUGUCAGUGUCCGGUACCGCUGCCGGCGGCGUCAAAGUGCGCCAGCCUGUCGGAAUGGUUGCCACGCAACCGAGCUCUCGAACGUCUCGCCUCUCGAGUCCUCAUCGACGUGGACGCCGCCGGACACGAGGACGUCGAGUCGCCGUUGGGCCGAUUCUGCCAGCUCUGCGAAACCGACGGCGACGGCGACGGCGACGCCGACGCCGAACCGACCGAGGCCGAGACAGACACCGAAGUCGAGGCGUCUGGCCACGCGCUGUCAGGACAAGCGACGGGCCAUGGCAACCGGACGACUCGUGGCUCGCCUCCGGCCCGACGACUGGCCGGUUCGGGUCCGUGUCUGGCCGUGGCAUUUUGUGAACAAUGCGAGGUCCGCUACUGUUCCGUCUGCCUGGCGCGUUGGCAUCCGGCCAGAGGCCCU